CUCGACUUCCCUUCUCUCGACCUUCCAUUUGAUCCUAAUUCGCCCUCGGAAAACCUCACCUCUCAUCCUGUGGUAAUAUCAGCGGUUAACAGAAUAGUGGCUGCGGCAGGACAGAUGAGCGCAACGGUGCAGAUACCGUUCCUAACGCUCUGUGAUGCUGGCAUGGGUUUUCAUUUGCCUUCGUGUUUGAGGUUACUUGAAGCCUCACAUACGGUUGAAAUUCUUCGCGAAGCAGGUCCGGAUGGCUUACACGUAAAAGUGAUCGCUGAGAAGAAUGGUGUCGACAAAAACAAACUCGCACAUAUCCUUCGAUUACUGGCGACCCACCAUAUCCUUCGCGAAGUCAGCCCUAAUGUUUUUGCCAACAACCGACUCUCCUCGAUUCUCGACACAAAAAAACCAUUUGAAAAACUGAUGCGAAAUCCGGAAACUAAGUACAGCGAUACCAACGGUGUCUCAGCUUUCUUUGGGAUGUGCACGGACGAAUUGUUCAAAUCCGCUGGAUUUCUCACAGAAACAUACUUUCUAUCUCCGCAAAAACACAAGAAUGGACGAGAGCCGACAAGGGCACCUUUCAACCACGCGUUUGGUUGCGAAGGUGGUAGCCCCACCAACAAACCUCGCGAACCUCUCGCGAACCCGAAUCGCUUUAGAUUGGAGAGAUUCGGGAAGGCCAUGACUGGUACGGCAUCAUGGGAGGUUCCAGGAGCUGUUCUAAACGGUUUUGACUGGCAAUCUUUACCAAAGGGGAGUGUUAUCGUAGAUGUCGGAGGGGGCAUAGGCUCGACCAGUAUGCUUCUAGCGCAUGCAUACAGCGAUGGAAGAGAUAUUUCAUCAGACGAGGAUGCACCUGGCUUAAAAUUCAUCAUUCAAGAUCGUGAAGUGGUAGUUGACAUGGGUGAGAAGGCAUGGAAAGAUAAAUGUCCGGAAUUAGUGGAUUCUGGAAAUGCCGCUGUGUUCCUUCUGCGUGUUGUUCUCCAUGAUUGGCCUGAUGCGUUCGCACAACGAAUUCUUCUUCGGUUACGAGAGGCUGCUAUGCCUGAUACUAAGCUUCUCAUUGCGGAUUUUGUUCUCCCGCUUGCGUGUGCGGACAAUUUCGGGUCGGCCCAAGACAAAGACGAGACGGGCCUGACAGAAAUUCAAGGAGCUGAAACGAUGUUGGCUCCGGCUCCUCUGCUUCCCAAUCUUGGUAAAGCAAGCGCAAAUGGAUAUUGGAUGGAUAUGACAAUGCAAUGUAUGUUUAAUGGUCAGGAACGAACUCUCAGAGAAAUCGUGUCCCUCGCACACUCUGCAGGAUGGAAGGUCACCAAAGUCACCAAAGCACCUGGCUCACUUUUCGGACACAUCGUUGCCAUUCCUAUU